UGAAUUAAUCUAAAGAUAUUUAGAGAGAAUUCAUUAAACUAUUUAAUAAACAAGUUUGUAGAUUGAAUGAUAGCUUUUUAAUUGAUGAAAAAUGUUAUAAAUUGUAUAAAUUCGGAGAAAGGAGAUCAUUUAAAUACGCUAAUCAAAUAUGCAAAAACGUUAAUACUUCUCUUAUUGGAGCUAGUUUUAUAGAAGAAACAGGACUACUAUAUGAAAUGGCUUUAUCAACAAGACUAUCGAAUUAUAGAGCUAUUCGUGAGGCAUUUUUAUGGGGGAUAUCUGGUUUUGAACAUCCAAGAAUACCAAUAGAAUUCGUAAAGAUAUCAUUUGAAAGAAACCCAAUUCUAAAAAUAACCAAUUCUAUUGAAUUCGUUUGCCCGUCCCAUUUAUUUGAAUGUUUACCGGAAAAGUAUUGCAUCAAUUUCUUAAGUGUUUGCGAUGGUAUCGUCGAUUGUAAAUCUGGAAAUGACGAAGAGAAUUGUAACCUUGGCAGACAAUUUGUUUGCUCUCCAGAACGCUUUAUACAAUUACAAUUAGUGUGUAAUCAUAGAGAGGACUGCCCAAACGGAAUAGAUGAAAAAGGCUGCGGCGAUUGUAUUGAUCAAAAUAUGGUUUGCAAUAAUGAGAAAAAUUGCCCAGAUGGUUCAGAUGAAUUUUGUUCAGAACAAUGUGGAAAAUCUCAAAUAAAGUGUGAUAAUAAAUGUAUAAAUAGCCGUAACUAUUGCGAUUCAAAAGUUGACUGUCCAAACGAUAUUCUUGAAGAACGUGGUACUUGUCUAGAAGAGAUAAGAAAAAUUGCUGGCAAGAGCCUUGUUUGUAGUAAUGACUUUCAAAAGUCUCUUCAACGUCUCUUUUAUAAUAGAAAUAGAAAUUUUACCAAAUGUAGAAUUGUUUAUAAUAGUAUGGGUGAACUAUUAACAAAGAUUCAUUAUCCCUACUUUGAUUUGGAAGAUUGCAAAGAUUUUAAAUGCAAUAUGGGUGAAUAUCAAUGCGAUAAAAGUAACUAUUGCGUGCCUAUUCAAUACGUUUGCGACGGCAUAAAUCAUUGUACAUACGGAGAUGAUGAAAGUGGAUGCAGUAACGUUUUCUAG